UGCUGUACCGCUUUCCAUGACAGUAGCCUUAUUACUGGUUACGGUUACUGCUGCUGGUACAGUGGAAGAAUGAGGCAUCACAGUACCUGUUACACCACUGUACUAACAGAACCAAUUACACACCAAUAAACACACUGUAAUGUAAAGUGUUACAUCAUUCUCAAUGAUCAGUCUAUACAUCCAGUAUUCAUUUCACCUACAGUACAUUGUAUCCAUUUCAAGUCCCCCUCCCCCCAUUGUAGCUAAUUAUCUAGAACACAUUGUACAGUUUUACAACCACGUAUGAGUUAUUAUGGACGCUUAUAGUUAGUAUCACAGCAUAUCAGUUUAAGACAUUACAACAUUCAUUAAAAGCAUUAUAGAUAUGUACUUCAUAGAAACUGUUACCCUUUAUAUAUUCUAACCACUCUAUUUAAUUUAUUCCAUAUUAAGGGUCCUAACCUGGGAACUAAAAUAUUUGUCUCCUCAACUUUGCCUGCAGUUUUCUCUCUCUCCCUCCCUUCCUCUAACCCCUCCCUCUCUCUCUCCCUCCCUUCCUCUAACCCCUCCCUCUCUCGCUCACUCCUUCCCUCCUUCUAACCCCAGCCCUCUGGCAGAACCAGGAAGUCCCUCCCCUUCACAAACUCUCUUCUGAGGAAACGAAACUGAUCUGAGUCUCUGUGUCGUCUGUCUGUGAGAGAGUGAACAACCGUCCAAAUGGCUCAACAGGGAGUUCUGCUGGACCAGGACCAGUUCUGCUGUUCUGUCUGUCUGGAUCUACUGAAGGAGCCAGUGGCUAUUCCCUGUGGACACAGUUACUGUAGGAGCUGUAUUGAGGGCUGCUGGGAUCAGGAUGUUCUGAAAGGGGUCUAUAGCUGUCCUCAGUGCAGACAUACCUUCACACCAAGGCCAACUCUGAUGAAAAAUAACAUGUUGGAUGAGCUGGUGGAGAAACUGAAGAAGACAGGACUCCAGGCUGCUCUUACUCCUGCUCUGUGCUAUGCUGGACCUGGAGAUGUGGUGUGUGAUGUCUGCCCUGGAGCCAGAAAGCAGAAAGCCCUCAUGUCCUGUCUGGCGUGUCUGGCCUCUUACUGUGAGACUCACCUCCAAUCUCACUAUGAAUUUCCUGCUUUGAAGAAGCACAAGCUGGUCAAAGCCACUGCACAACUACAGGAGAAGAUCUGCUCUCAUCAUGACAAACUGCUGGAGGUUUACUGUCGUACCGAUCAGCAGUGUAUCUGUUAUCAGUGUGUGAUGGAUGAACAUAAAGGCCAUGAUACAGUGUCAGCUGCAGCAGAGAGGACUGAGAAACAGAGGCAGCUGGGGAUGAGUCAGCAGAAGGUCCAGCAGAGAUUCCAGGAGAGAGAGAAGGAGCUGAAGGAGCUCCAACAGGAUGUGGAGUCUCUCAAGCGCUCUGCACAGGCAGCAGUGGAGGACAGCGAUCAGAUCUUUACUGAGCUGAUCCGCUCCAUUGAGAGAAGGAGCUCUGAGGUGAAGGAGCUGAUCAGAGCCCAAGAGAAGGCUCAAGUGAGUCAAGCUGAAGGACUCCUGGAGCAACUGAAGCAGGAGAUAGCUGAGCUGAGGAAGAGAAGAACUGAGCUGGAGCAGCUCUCACACACAGAGGAUCACAUCCAUUUCCUCCAGAGUUAUCAGUCUCUCUCCAGUAUCAGUGUAUCUUCAGACUUACCCAGCAUCGUUGUCCGUCCUCUUCAGUACUUUGGAGAUGUGAGUAAGACUGUGUCUGAACUGAGAGAGAAACUAGAAGACUUCCUUAAAGGAGAAUGGACCAAGAUCUCCACUACAGUGAAUAUAGUGGAUGUUGUACUGCCUCCAGAGCCCAAGACCAGAGAACAGUUGUUACAAUAUUCCUGUCAGCUCACACUGGACCCAAACACAGCACACACACGCCUCUCUCUGUCUGAAGGGAACAGAAAGGUGACCUAUACAGACCAAGUCCAACCAUAUCCUGACCAUCCAGACAGAUUCACCAACUACUGGCAGGUUCUGUGUAGAGAGGGUCUGUCUGGACGCUGUUACUGGGAGGUGGAGUGGACUGGUGAUGUUAUUACAGCAGUCUCAUAUAAAGACAUCAGCAGAACAGAGAGAGAUAGUGGAUUUGGAUUCAAUAACAAGUCCUGGAGUUUAAAGUACUGUAGGGAUGGUUAUUGUUUCAGACACAAUAAUGUUGUGACUAAAGUAUCAGGCCCUCAGUCCUCCAGAGUAGGAGUGUACCUGGAUCACAAGGCAGGUACUCUGUCCUUCUACAGUGUCUCUGACACAAUGACCCUCCUCCACAGAGUCCAGACCACAUUCACUCAGCCCCUCUAUCCUGGGUUUUGGCUCUUUGGUACAGCUGAGCUGGUUAAACUGUAGUAGGGUCCACAUAGAUACUAGUCAUGCUGGUGUAGUCUAUUGCUGAGCUGGUUAAACUGUAGUAGGGUCCACAU